GCAAACGCCGCGGCAGGGUGGCAGGUGAGGCAGAGAGGACUUGCGGGUGGAGGUGCGAGGACGAGGGCCAGAGACUUUCACCACAAGGGACUUAGAGUGAAGGCUGACUGGAGACCAUCUUACCCUAGCCUGGCUGCAAGCCCUGCUGGAAUGCGCUGAGCAUGGCAUCGGGAGCCUCAGAAAACAGCAGCCAGAAGGCUUUUGGUGCAGAGAUUCCAGACUUCCUGGACACACUCCUCCAAGACUUCCCAGCCCCAUUGAGCCCAGAGAGUCCUUUGCCAUGGAAGGCCCCUGGGACAGCACUGAGCCAGGAGGAAGUAGAAGGCGAGCUGGCUGAACUGGCAAUGGGCUUCCUGAGCAGCAGGAAUGCUCCAUCACAAUUAGCUGCAUCUCUGACCCAUGAAGCCAUUUCCCAGCUGCUACAGACAAACCUUUCUGAAUUUAAGAAGUUGCCCAAACAAGAAGAGGAGGAUGAGGAAGAGAAAGCUCCUGUAACCUUACUAGAUGCCAAAGGCCUUGCAUGGAGUUUUUUUAACCAGCUCUGGCAAGUAUGUAGCCACUGGCAGAAGCAGGUUCCAUUGACUGCCCAGACCCCACAGCGGCAAUGGCUGGUCUCCAUCCAUGCCAUCCGGAAUACCCGCCGCAAGAUGGAGGAUCGACACGUGUCCCUUCCUACCUUCAACCACCUCUUUGGCUUGUCGGACUCUGUAGACCGCGCCUACUUUGCUGUGUUUGAUGGUCAUGGAGGUGUAGAUGCUGCAAGGUAUGCUGCUGUCCACAUGCACGUUAAUGCUGCCCAUCAUCCGGAGCUGUCCACAGACCCCACAGGAGCCCUCAAAGAAGCCUUCAGGCGCACCGAUGAAAUGUUUCUCUGCAAAGCCAAGAGAGAGCGACUGCAGAGUGGCACCACAGGCGUGUGCACACUCAUUGCAGGAACAACUCUGCACAUUGCCUGGCUCGGGGACUCCCAGGUCAUCCUAGUACAACAGGGACAAGUAGUGAAGUUGAUGGAGCCACAUAAACCCGAACGACAGGAUGAGAAGGCACGCAUUGAAGCACUGGGUGGCUUUGUCUCUCUCAUGGACUGCUGGAGAGUCAACGGGACCCUGGCUGUCUCUAGAGCCAUCGGGGACAUCUUCCAGAAGCCCUACGUGUCUGGUGAGGCAGAUGCAGCUUCCCGGGAGCUGACAGGCGCCGAGGACUACCUGCUGCUUGCUUGCGAUGGCUUCUUUGAUGUCGUCUCUCACCAGGAAGUCACCAGCCUUGUCCACAGUCAUCUGGUCAAACAGAAGGGCAGUGGGUUCCAUGUCGCUGAGGAGCUGGUGGCUGAAGCCCGGGAGCGGGGCUCCCAUGACAACAUCACAGUCAUGGUUGUCUUCUUCAGAGAUCCCAAGGAGCUCCUGGAGGGUGGAGCCCAGGGGGCAGGGGAUGUCCAGACAGAAGUAAGAUGCCAGGAUUUGUCCUCUGGCCUCUCAGAGCUUGAGACCAAACCCUCACAGUGAAGCUAGAUGGUCCAGGCUCCCCUGUGCCAUCUUUACCCUUCCCCCUGCCCUUGUGAUCCUUCCCUUCAGAGACGUAGGACCCAGCAGAUGUAGUGGACAGGGGUGCUCACCCGCACAGCACUCCUCCAGCACCCUAGCCACUCAUGGUGCCUGCCACAGCCUGUCCUGAUGGCUGUAAAAUGAUGAUAGGCAGCAGGUGGAUCUCAAGGGAGCAUAGGAAAAUGACCUCACCAAAGAAAAAGAUGGCCAGGCGGUGGCCAGCUCUUACUCCCACUUCCCUGCCGUGUUGGGACCAGAAACCACAGGCACCUGGUGGCAACCUCACCAAAGACGAGUGUGUCAUGAGGCACCCUCAUGCAGAACUUUGAAGUCCAUCCUAGGGUUGGGCCUAGCAGGCAGAUAUCCAGCCUGGGUUCUUAUGGUGUCUACCUGUGCCCAUGCCAUGGCUGGGGAAGGUUCCUAUUGACAGAUAAGUUUGUGGUCCUGUCUUGACCAUGCUGGUUUCCUAAAGAGGGGAGAUGGGCCUGGCUGGAAAGAGUACCAGGGGACUGGCCCACUGCAACUGUGAUGUGCUGGGACUCACCAGAGCCUUAGGAACUUUUUCCCUCAAGUAUUCUGGGAAGGUGAAGUCAGAACCCAUAGUGACAGGAUGCACCUGUGUCGUGUGUGCUCACAUUUAUUCCAGGGAGAAGUCUAAUUCAGAUACAGUAUUCAGGUUUUAUUUUGUCAGUGCCAAGAUAAGUCUACAGUGUCAUGUCAUUUAACCAGAGCUUAGCAUUUAUUUUAUUUCUUAGGAAACAAGUAUUUUACCUUUGUAUUAUUAUGGAAAUGUUUUUGCAGUAUUACUGAAUUUUUUUCCUAAGUCAGGAUUGAAACAAACUUUUCUGGAUGGUGUUAACAAGCCAUCUAAGUGCCUUAAGAGCUUUGAGGAAGAUGAAAACUGUUGGGUCCACCAUAGAUUCUGAUGGUUAGACAUGUUGAGAUUUUCAAAAAAGGCAAUGUUUGCUGUGCUAGGAAAGUGGUUCCUGAGAUUCCCUUUGCAUCCUUGAAAUGCUCAGCAGAGGUCAAGGCUACAGGAGCCUAUGGCCUAGACAUCCGGGAUGACCUUCUGUCCCACUGUUGGAGGCUGGCUGCAUCCCAGACAGAGGGACACCACUGCUUUUGGACUGGAAUAUCCCAGAAUAUCUUUGGAUAUGAGGUUCAUUAAGGAAAAUGCUUAAUUAAGGGUUCUAGCAAGGCCAGAGCAACCCAGCUCCUUGGGAAGACUGUUAAGAGUCUGUCUGUGCCAGCUACAGCCUCCAUCUGGCUCAUGUGGUUGGCAUCUUCCCCUGCUGGGCUCUGCUCUUUGAGAAGUGUGAGAGACCACCAUGCUUCAUGAGCAGUGGGUAGGAGGUUCGCAAUGAUGGUGCUUAGGAUCCUUGAGCUCACAUGGCAUGUGGUAGGCAAGAAAGACAGGUAGACAGCAGGGAAGCCUUUAAGGGAAGGGUCAAGAGUGGGGGGGGGGAGUCGGGGGGAGUUACUCUGAACAGAUACUGGCAGGUCCAGAAGGCAAUGAGUGGCUUAGCAGAGAUUUGGAGGAAACUUGGCUGUCAGGUCCCUGAAGAUGAUCAGAGUCCUCCUGCAGAGACCAGGGUCUCAGUAUAGCCUAUAGAGCUAUGCUUGAAGCACCUCCACUCUUAGCUCAUAGAAGGGUCAGGCAUGUGAGUGCCCCUAUUUUCUGUGAGUCUAUUAUCCAGCAGAAAGGGAAGGAAUCCAUUGAGUUCACCUCAUUCCUACAGCAGAGAUGGAGUAAGGGCUCCACAGUCAGCUCCUUGUUCAAGGUCUCCUAUUAGGAAGUAGCUUAAGCACAUGGUUGCUCUGAAUUAAUGGUCACUAACAAUGACUGGGUAUUGCUGAACUUAAGAGCCAGAAACCGGGGCCGCUCAUGCCAUCUCAGCAUAGGGAUGUGGUUACUGGCCUUUCCUGCCCAUGGCAGUGAUACUGAAAGAGAAAGGGAGCUAUUGGUUUCUACUUGGGGCUUUGUUUUUCUGUUUUUAUUUCUUUGCUAAUUUUAUUCUGUUUAUUGUUGCUGAGAGAGGAAUUUUCACAACACAGAGGUGUGGACCAUACCUCUUGGUGGUCUGAUUCACGCCCAAGUACCAGGCUGUGGUAGAUCUCAGCCUCAGCAUAGAGGAAAGUCCCUUCAGGCUUGUCUCAGCAGUUCCCCCUACCCCUGAGCAAGGCUGCAAUGGCAUAGCCAAGCCCCUGCCUGGCAAACAUUACCUCCCCCUUCUCUCCCCAGUGCUGGGUACUGAACCCAAGGCUUCAGAAAUGCUAGGCAAGGACUCUACCAGGAGCUACAUCCCCAUUCUUACCUGGCAAGCAUAAAGUCUGUGAGAUGUCUUCAGCUUUCAAGAUUCUAUGGCUGCUUCCCCUUCAAGCCAUUGUCCCAGAAGGGUCCCCAGCCAAGGACAUUUUUCUGGAACUCUUACUCUCCUUCUCAAGUCCCAGCUUUGCCAUCGGUUCAUUGCCAUGAGCUCAGUAAGUCAUUGCACUUCUCUUGGCCUCAGUUUCCCUUGGCAAAGCAUGGAGGUUGCAUAGCAUUUUCAGCAGCUCCAACCUAGAAUCCUGAAGCACAGGUGAGCAUUCUGAGGAGCUACUCCUGCCACAGAAGGGCCCCUCCCCCACUGCCACUGGGGAGGAAAGAUUAAGUAUUAUUAAUGUCUAUUCUUAAAAUUAAGUGGGCGGGAAAAAAACCAAGUUACAGAUGCCAACACCUUAUAUGGAAUACAAAAGCAGGAGCAAUCAGAUGCUGUUUUUGCAGGUACAGCUGACUCCCAACUAAGGCCUGUGGGGGUGGGAGUGCACAGCCCGGCUUCAGGGGUACUUAGAAGUCAGCACAGGCAGUGAUAUAUUGUAAUGGGAGAUAGAAACAUAGUAUUGGUAGCAUAAUUAUUGGGGUCUCAGGCCCCAAGGGAGAAGCACAGGCACCGGAGGCCUUUAGUAAACCCCUGCCAUUGACCAUGGGCUCUGUUUCUGCCUUCUUGUGGCAGCAGUCACCACCCCACCCUGCCAUGUGAGUUUCAGCACGGAUGUUCUGGUUACCUCAACAGUAUUUUCCAGAGCCAGGGGACAGCUCUGUCCAUCCCAAGGCCUGGUUCUGGCCCACACUGUGGAAGCUAGGGAAGCCUGUAUACAUUAAGCUGUGCUUCUGGUUUGGUUCUGCCUCCAUAGCACUUCCCAGGGAGCAGUCCCUGGAGUCCUGUUUUUGCCAGGGCUCCACAGCUUUGCCAAAUGCACAAAGUUUUGCCAUGCAGUCCUUGCCAAGGGUUUAUCUGUACAUACCACAAUGGGCUUCCUGGAAGUCAUGUUUUUGUGCAACAGUCUUGUCCCAAAACAUAACUGUCUCCUUGAUCUUCGGGACAAGCGCUAAGUUGAAGAGUCCAGAAGGGCAGUCUCUUCCCAGGGCCCGCCUGCUGAAGUGUCAAUAAACACAAAUUCAGAAACGCA